AUGCCGUACGCAAUCGAGACGAAGAAACGCAAGUUCGACCGCAUCCUUGAGGCUCUGACCGACAGUGCUGCUUCUCCUGCGGGUUCACCGUCUCGGUCGUCGCUCAACUCUCACAAUAACACAUCCACCACCUCCCUCACGCAAGAUACGGCCUCGGACUCCUCAAAAAGACGGCGCAUAACACCUUUAUCCGCAGCUGCAAAUCCCACCACCCCUCCAUCGAAUGAUCUUACCGGUCAUUAUCUUCCCUCCAGCAGACCGGCCUUUCUGCAACGGCUGGAAACGUUCCGAUACGUAACGAAGUGGCAUGUUCCUUCUACAGAUCCCAUUAAUGCGGCUGCGUGGGCGAAGCGAGGAUGGACUUGCGUUGACACAGACACAGUGGCUUGUGGCGUAUGCAAGGAGAGGCUCUACGUGGACCUUAGUGUCGACAACGAGAUGCUUAAGGCCAAAAAGCAGGAAGGUGAACCUAUCGGUGAUGAGGAAGCAGCGGAAAACGAAGAAGAAGAUUUUGCCAUUUCUUCCGAUGUCUAUGAUAACAUGGUUCGACGUUACCAAGGUAUGAUCGUCACCGCGCAUGCAGAAAGCUGUCUCUGGCGAAAACGCGGAUGUGAUCCAUCCAUCCAGCGCAUCGAAGGUCUCUUGAACACACACUCGACCUUGUCGGGUCUACGAAGUCGCUACGACAGUCUCAUGAGCCAUCCAGAGGAGAUCCCACUUGUGGAGUCUCUCCCAUCCACCACAUUGGUCGACCCAGAUGAGCUGGAUCAAUUUCAAUCAAAUACAGGGGAAACGCCCGACAUUCACGCACUCAGACUGGCAAUUUGUGGCUGGGAACGGAAAACUGACGAUGUCAUAGAAUGUCGGCAUUGUUUCCGCAGUUUGGGUCUCUGGCUGUACCGCGGCGACGCGCCCGCCAUUGGCAAAUUGGACGCAGUGGAGAAUCAUCUCGAGUACUGUCCCUGGAGGCUCGCUGAGGCCCAGGACACUGAAAUUCAGUUACCACACAGCAGCAGGUCUAUCGAGGAAGUUGUCUCGCAGAAAGAGCGGGUACCGGGUUGGGUAUUGGUAUACCUUGCCAUUGCGAAGAACAAUAGACAGAGACGGCCCAGGCCGCCUGCCUCUGGUGCGGCAUCGGAGCCAGCUUCGAGCAGGGGCAGCGACGAAUCAAUGACCUCGCAGCAGAGAGAGAAGAAGAUGAAGGACUUGCUCAAGAGGAUAAAGGAGAUCAAAAGGCCUUUCAAUGUCAAGGGGCUUCUUAAGCGGAAGGAAAAGACCAAGAUGUGA